AGGCUGGAGAAGCAGCUGCAGGAGCUUCAGGAGGAGAAGGAUGAAGCUGUAGAAGCGUACAAUGCUGUACAGGCAAGCCAGGAAAAGGCUUUAGAGCAGAUUAAGAAAUUACAAGAGGAUUACCUGAUCCUACAACAAGAAAAGGAUUCAGUCUUUGACAAAUAUGUCACAUUUGAAAAGACAAAUAAGAAUCUUCUGGAAGACAUUGAAUGCUUGAAGAUGAAAGAUGAGACCUUGACCUCCACACUUCUCUACCUAGAACAGGAGCAGACAAUCAUGUCAGAAAAUAACAAGAAGCUCAUUGCAGAAAAAUCUGACCUACAGAUUAAACUUGAAGAUCUAGAAGAAGAGGCUGUUGCUUGGAAAGUUGAAAAAGAAUCACUUUUGGAUGAGUUAUCAAAAACUAGAAGUGCGCUUGAGGAAAGUAAAGAAAUAACUAUAGAUAAUGCCCAGCUGCAGUCUAAACUUAAAGUUGUAGAGAAUGAAAAUUUGGAGAUUCAGAAGCGGUUGGAAAAUUUAGAGUUCAGCUAUGAGCAGAGAGGGGAGCAGGUAGAGUUGUUACAGUCUGAGAUAUGCAGAUUGAAAGACCUAGAGCUGGAGUACACUGACUUGAAGGAGAAAUUGAAACAGGCAGAAGAUCGUGUGCAGCAGUAUGAAGCUGAGGCAUCUGAGCAAGAAAUCAAUCCUGUGCAGAAUCAGGAACAGAUGGCCCCGCUUCUGGCAGAAAUUGAAGAACUCAAAUUGAAUAUCAAGACAUUACAGGAGGAAUUUGACAAGCAGCAAAGUAUCUCUGGAGCUGAAAUUGAAAGAGUUUGCCAAGAGAAGGCAUUGUUAAAUGAAACCUGUCAUACUUUACAAAGUGAACUUGAAAAUUUGAGAGCAGAAAAAUGUGCACUACAGACAGUGAAUGAAGAAAGGCUUGCACAAGUGGAGCAGAUGAAAAUCAAUAUUGAUGCUAUCAGUGAUGAAAAUGAAAGACUUAAAGAAAGGAUUUCCUCUUUUGAGAACUCGGUCGUAGAAUUUGAGAAGCCAGAAUUGGAUUUGAAAACAACUGAGAUAACACAGCUGGAAAUGGGUCUGCAAGAAGCAAAUAGGGAGAAAGAAAUUCUACUAGAGAAAAUUGCUGUUCUUGAAGAUAAGGUUGAAAGCAGUGAAAAAGCAGGCGCAGUUUUAUCUGAGAAAAUAGCUCACAUUGAUAAACUCACACAAAAUCUGGCACAUGCAAAUUCUAAGUUAAUGGAUUUUGAAACCAACCUGGGAAGUGAAUUCAAUAUUGAAGUGAUACAGAAUCUGCAGCAGGAUCUGCUAGAAACCAAGAUGAAGCUGUCUGAGAUUGAAAGCUCAACAUCCAUGUACGGGGCUGGGGAUCGAGAACCUACUGAAGAUUCUAGAAGCUUACAGCAGUCUGGCUGGUCAGAUCUGCCUGAUAUUGAGGAAGAACCUGAGAAUGAUCAGCUACACUUGCAGCGGGAUCGAUUAGCUCAGGAAGAGCAGAAGCAGUUUGAAUGUAGUGAUGCUGAGGGAGUUCAAGAAACCAAUGGUCAGAUCAGUGUAGAAAGGAUUGAGAAAUUUAUUAAAGUCUCCAGCCAUGUGCUGUCUGAAGAUUCAUAUCAAGGAGGCAGUGCUGAAGAAAUGUACAUGCUGAAAAACAGAAUUGCAGAGCUGGAAAAGGAGAAUGAUGGCCUGAGGUUGAAAUCUGAGCAGUUGCUAGAGAAAACCUUUGGAAAAUGUGAUGAGAAGGCAAAGGAUGAUAUAGAGGCAGAUAACCAUUCAGAGAUUAUUGCCAGUCUUCAGGCUCACAGGCAACACUUGGAGGAGAAGCUGGUGAUCUUGGGGGACAAGCAUGAGACUGUCACCUUUGAGCUGGAAGAGCUGCAUGCGGAAAGGGACAGUUUAAAGUCUGAGAUUGAGGUGCUCCAGAAUCAGCUGCGGGAGUGGGAGAACAUGAUGGGGAUGUUGAAAGAAGAGAAGGAUUGUCUGGCACAUGAGCUGGAGGAUUAUACCAAUAAAGAUCUUUCACUGAGGAAGGAAUUGGAAUUUCUCUUGUCCUCUUUAAACGAAGCUAUAACCGAAAGAGACACCCUGCAGGAUGAGGUCUUUAAACUGUCUCAGCAUGAGGACUCUGCCCAGGGAGAUGUUAGAGAGAUGAAACUGAUGAUUGAAGACAUUAUUGCAGAAAGAAAUAACUUGUUGUCAGAACUGGACAAGGUACUCACUGCUAAAGCUGAAGCAACAGCUACCAUAGACAAACUGAAACAAGAAGUGGAACAUUUGAGAACCGAGAAAGAUGAUAUUGAAAGAGAGAAGGAAUCUCUUUUGGUUCGAUUCCAUUUAGCUGAAGACAAGGGAGCAGAUCUUAGUGAGAAGAUGGAAGAGAGCUUGCAAGAACUCAGACAACAGGCAGAGGCAUUCAAAAGUGAAAUUGAGUCUUUGAAAUCUGCCCUGAGUGUGGCCAAAGAGCAGGCAAAAACUGCAGAAGAUGUUGCAGAGGAGAGGAAAAGUUAUGCUUUGAAUCUUGAAAGCCAGAUCCUUGAGCUGUCGAACUCUCUGUCAGAUUCCAAGAAACGAAACAGCAAUUUGAAAGAACAACUUGAUCAGCUGUCCUCGGAUAACACUGCUGCGGCCGAGUAUAUUCAGCAGAUAGCCGAUCUGCAGAAUCAGCAAGUAGGAUAUCAGCGAUCCAUAGAACAGCUAACAGCUUCUUUGGGUAAAUUUCAAGAAGAAAAAGAUAAACUGCAAGAAGAGAGAGAUAAACUCCAAGAAGAGAGAGAUAAACUGCAAGAAGAGAGAGAUAAAUUCCAAGAAGAAAGUGAUCAACUCCAAGAAGAAAGAGAUAAACUCCAAGAAGAAAGAGAUAAACUGCAAAAAGAAAUAGAUAAACUGCAAGAGGAGAGGGAUAAACUCCAAGAAGAAAGAGAUAAACUUCAAGAAGAAAGAGAUACACUGCAAGAAGAAAGAGAUAAACUGCGAGAAGAAAGAGAUACGCUGCAAGAAGAAAGUGAUAAAGUACAAGAAGAAAGAACUAAACUGCAAGAACACAGAGACAGAUUGAAGGAAGAAAUAGAUAAACUGUGUGAAGAAAGAGAUCAGUUGUCCAUACAUGUAGACUCUCUAGGUCAGGAAAUAGAAAGUUUGAAGGAACAGUUGUCUUUAGUGGUAAAUGAAAAAGCUGAACUUGAUAAUGUGAUAGUUGACUUGAAAAUGAAGAAUGAAAGUGCUGAAGAGAGACUGUUACUGUUAAAGAAUGAUUAUGAAGCCCUGGUUACUGAUAAAAGUGAAACAGACAGACAGAUGCACUUGUUCCAGGAGCAGAUAACAGGGUUUGAAUCCAGGAAAGCAGCUGUAGAGCAGGAGUUAGAAUCCCAGAAUGCAUCAUUGUAUGAAGAAUCAUCCAUGCGAGCAUCAGUACAGAAGGAGCUGGAACUCAAGAGUGAGGCCCUGUUUACAUUAGAAGAGUCUUUCAAGGUUAUGAAGCAAAGUCAUUCUGAACUCCAGGAGCGACUCGUUAAGGCAGAGGAAGACUUGAAUUCAUCUGUAGAUGAUAAGGAGAAAUUGAUUAGAACCACAGCAGAGUUAUCAGCUCAGAUUAAAACCCUGGAAACUGAGAAAAAUGAGUUUCAGAGGCAGGUUGAGGAAUGGUUGUCGAAGUUGGAAGAUACACAGGCAAGAGUUGAAAAGAGAAAGACACAGAUAGACGAUUUUCAGAUGAAAAUUAAUGCUACAGAAAGUCAUCUCUUGCAGAUUAGAGAAUGUAUAAAUGCAGCUGAGACUUCAAACCCAGAUGUGGUUGAUCAGCUUCAUCAGUUGCAGUUAGAGCUGCAGCAGCUGAAGGUGGACAUAGACACAGUGAGAUUACAAAUGGAAAAGCGUGAAGAUAGAACUAGUAAACAUGGAGACAGAUUUGAUCAGAUGAUUAAAGAGAGUAGCCAGAUAUUUGGCAAACUUGAGGUUGAAAAGAGAAGAUGUACUGAUUUAGAGAGGUUAGUUGUGGAAAGUCUGCAGUCUCUGCAGCAGACAGGCAUUGAUACUAUAGACUCAUUAAAAUUAGAAAGGGAUAAAAUUAUGGCAGAGUUCAGACAAGAACAGAAUAAGACACAUGAUUUGGAACAACAGAUUCUGCAAAAAGAUACAGAUAUUUUAGAUUUAAACAAAAAAAUUGUUGUAUGGGAACAAGAGAAUGUGAACUUAGUUCAGCAGCUAGAAGAACUGAGAUGUAAUCUAGCAUCAUCUGUUGACAUAUCCAGUAACACAGAGGAGAAAUGCAAGGAGCUUGGAGAAAAGUGCAUUCAACUGGAGCAGCUGUUACAAGAAAAAGAUGCAGAAGUUGACAGAUGCAGAGAAGAAAUCAACAGUCUCAGGUGCCUUAAGGAUGAUCAAGUUCUUUUGAUAGAACAAAGUCUGAAAGAUAAGUAUGACCUAGAGCAAAAUGUACAGCAGAUGAUUACAGAGAAGGAGGUGCUGAAAAAUCAACUGGUUGAAUCAGAGAACACAGUGAAGCCACUGCAUAAACAUGUAGCAUCAUUGGAACAUGAACUGGAAGCCACACGGAAAGAGAAUAAUGAGUUGCUAAUGCAGCUGGACAGUUUGAAAGAAGAAAAAACUAUCUGGUUAAAUCAGAGUUCAGAUUAUGAAGAAAUAGUCUCAGAUAUGAAGGCCAGACUGGCUGAGUCUAUUGAAUCUGCAAAUAACUUGGCCUUACAACUGGAGGAGGUCAAGACUGAAAGAGUCGAGCUUGUCUCCAAAAUAGAACAAACUGAGAAAAUGGUAGAAACCCUUAAGCAGAGCCUCACUGUUGCACAGGAAGAGAGGGAUGCUGCAGUGAAACACCUAGACAGCUCUGUGCUUGAGAAAGAGAAGCUGAAUUCUGAGCUGUUGGUAUUAACCAAAGAGAAGGAGAAUUUGCUGUCCAGUUUGUUGAUCUCAGAAGAAGAAGUCGUGCAGCUGAAAAAGCAAAUAGCUGAACUAAAGGAAAAUCUGAGUGAUUCUAAAGUUCAGAUUGAAGAGUCCAAAACUAGAGUGACUGCAUUGGAAUUUGAAUCAAAGGAGAAGAGUGAAGAGCAUUUGCAAAAAAGUUCUGAGGAGAGUUCCGAAAUGGAUUUGCUGAGGAAGCAGCUGAAGGAGAAAGAAGAAAUCAACUCCAAACUGAAGCAGCUGGCUAUCAAGACUAAAAAGGAGCUGGGGGACAAGCAGACAAAGCUGGAAAUAGCUACAAAACAGAUCAGCCAGUUGACCAAGGCCAAGGAAGCCCUGGAGGCCACGAACGAGACAUUACGCAAGCAGUCAGAGGGUACAUCUGACUUACUGAGUCAACAGUUCAAACACCUGCAGGAAAAUUACAAGAAGGUGCAGGCUAGCCUGGAUGCUGCUCAGGAUGAGGCAGAAAAGGAGAAGAAAGCCCUGAAGACAGCACAGAAGGACAUUGAGCAGCUGGUGACACAGUUGACGGAGGCUAAGGGUCAGAUGGCUGCCAGCAAGGAAGAAACAGAACACUUGAAGAAACAGAUUGAUGCCUUGUUGACAGAAGUUAAGACUAAAGACAGCAGCAUAGAGGAGCUCAGAACUAAGCUCAGAGCUACAGACACAGAGAUGGCUGCAGUUCGAAUACAGUUGGAGGAGUUGCACAAGGAGAAACAGAAGUCGAUGAAACACAACAGCAUGCUGGACCUUGAAAUGGCAGACUACGAGCGCACCAUAUUUAAUCUCCACUCCCAAGUUGCAGAACGGGACAGGCAGAUUCAGGCGCUUAAGGCUGAAAUUGAUAAACAAGAACAGACAGUAUCUUUAAUGCAGACUCAGAUUGAUGCUGCAGAGGAACAGAGAAUUCAAGCAGAUGAUCGAGCAAACAAGCUGAAAACUCUGCUAGUGAAAACAAAGAAGGACUUGGCAGAUGCUAGAAAAUUGGAAACUGUUCAAAGAUCAUCAGAUGCACAACUGAGAGGUCAGCUGGAGAAUACUAGCCAGCAGUUGGAGGAGUUCAAGGUUCAAGUUUCUCAACUGACGGCAGAUAACCAGAAACUUCAGGAGAAAAUCCGAAGUGUCAAUGACAGCAGCCAGCGAACAGUUAAAUUACUGGAGUCUCGGGUGGAUUUAUUGACUGUUGAACUGCAAACUGCUAGAAGUGAACUGAACACCGUUCAGGCAGAAUAUAACAGUUAUAAGGUAAAUUAUCUAUUGGACCAGCUUCAGGCUGCCAGGAAAGAAUCAGAGCAGAUCCAGGAGGAGCAUGAGCACCUCAUUCAGAGACACACAAAACUUAUAGCAGAUCUGGAGGAGAGAGAAUCAAACUUUAGACUCAG